AUGUAUUUGCAGAUGUAUAUAAACGCUUCGAUGAAUGAAGAGUUUAUGGCAAAUAUCAGCCAUGGAAAUUUUUCUCACUCCACUUUUUUUGGAAUCCAAGAUGAGAUUGACUAUCCUUACUUUGGGGAUUACCUGGCCCAGUUCCAAAGAGGAUACGGAUCCAUUCACGGUUAUUUGACUUUUGCUGUUUGCAUAUUUGGAAUUACGGCAAACGUUCUAAACAUCAUCGUUCUAAGUAGAAAGAACAUGGUCUCUCCAACUAAUGCCAUCCUUACUGGUUUAGCUGUUGCUGACAUGUUGGUGAUGUUCUCUUACUUGCCAUUUACUUUCCAUAACUACAUUCGCAAAGACCUCGAGGAAAAGGACAAGUUUUCCUAUGGGUGGACAGUCUUUACACUCUUCCAUGCACAUUUCACAGUUGUGAAUCAUACGAUUUCUUCCUGGUUGACAGUGACAGUUGCAAUUUGGCGAUUUAUAGCAGUUAGUUUUCCCGCCAAUACUACUAUUUGGUGCAGCAUGGCGCGUGCAAAGUUUGCCAUUGUAGCAACAUAUGUGUUAUGUGCUAUCUUCUGCCUGCCUGUCUAUCUAACUUUCACUGUAUCUAAGUUUCGAGGAGAAGAGGGCCAAAUCAUGUAUCGAGUUGACUUUAGUGAAAUAGCCCAGAGACACGAUAGACUUUUAGAGAAAAUGAACUUUUGGAUCUUUAGCGUUAUAACAAAGCUAGUUCCUUGUGUAGCUCUGACAGGUCUAAGUCUUGGGCUAAUAAAAGUAUUGUACGAGACAAACAAGCGAAGACAAAGGUUGAAAAAUCGAACGGAAGUGGACCGAACCCAUGACCGAACAACACGAAUGUUGCUGGCUGUGCUACUUCUGUUUUUGUUGACAGAGUUUCCAUCGGGGCUGUUGGCUCUGUUGAGUGGCAUUUUGGGAACUGAUUUUUUUAAUAAUGUUUACCUGAACUUUGGUGAAACGAUGGAUGCUUUAGCUCUGGUAAACAGUGCGAUAAAUUUCAUUAUCUAUUGUUCUAUGAGUCAACAGUUUAGAAACACCUUUGCGUAUCUCUUUGUUCCAAGUUGGUUUAAGAGGACUUCGCCUACUAGUGCUGCAACAGUUUAAAAUUACAAUCACUUAGACUAAUGAAAACUAUGGCGGACGACUCAAAGAACAUGGUUUGAUAAAUCACUUAAAUGUUAAUUUUAUUUGAUUUAGAAAAUAGAAAAAAAAACUACAAAAGAACUACAAGUGACAUUUUCUGGAAUAUACCAACUUAGUAAAUCGUGUGCAAACAAAAACAAAAUGUUUUGUAAGAGAAGAAUAUAAAGUACUUAAAGGUACUCACGCAACAACUACUUGAUACUUCUUAUAUCUGUAGAUUAUAUCUCAGAAGAAAUAUUUCGACUAAAGAAAGGGUCAGUUCCAGCUUUUGUUUUGGAAACUACAGUUGUAUGAACCUCAUUGCAUGCGUACACAAAUGCAAACUAAGCAUAUUCAAAUUACCAGUAGCUUUUGGCGAACAUACGUAUGAGCCAAACUCAGAAACGCCAUGUCUCUUGAUUUAUUUUCAUUUAUUUGUGUGUUCAUUUUGCAUUAUGGUUUUAUUAUUUGAAGUAUACUGCCAGUGAUGUGCGAUUGAAAGAGCAUUUUCAACAAGAAGCAAAAUGUAUGCCAAAAUGCCUGCGUUGAAAGGAUUUCUGCACGUUCUUAAAAUUUUGAGUUCUGUAGUUUAAUUUCGGGGCUCUUUAGAAAUAUUGUUUGAAAUUUAAUUUAUCUUCUUCGCAUAAUUAUUAGUUUGUUCUUGUUUAGUAUUUCAAGAGACAUGAACUGUUUAACUAUACAAGCAAAAGUGAACAUCUAGUUAGAUUAGAUUGCCUGAACUAGAUAUGUAUACUUAUGCCAAUAAAAUAUAGCAUUACAAUAAAUUUAAUCAAUGUAUCACGAAUAGAGUGCUGAGCAGUGUUUCUUUUUAAAAUAAAAUGAGCCAUCAACAAUGCUAAAUAGUGUGUUAAAAACACUAUAUAUAUUACACAUGGAGGUUUUUUUUAUAUAAGUUGAAAGAUAAGUAUUGUUAUGUGAGCGGCUUCAAGUUGUUCGUCGAUUAUAUCCAUAUUUGAUAGUACGAGUAGGUUGUCGUUGUUUGGAGUCCAAAUAGAACCAACAACUAACAAGAAAACUACAAUCAAUAUAUUUAAGUUUUUUUUAUGUACGUUGAAGGAUAAGUAUUGUUAUGUGAACGGCUUCGAAGUGUUCGUCGAUUAUAUCCAUAUUUGAUAGUACGAGUAGGUUGUCUUUGUUUGGAGUCCAAAUAGAACCAACAACUAACAAGAAAACUACAAUCAAUAUAUUUAAAGAACCUUGCUUCAGUUUAUAAGGAUUUCAACACUAAUGCCUAUACAGGUUUUCGGCAGCUAUUGCAUCUGCAAGUUUAGGUAUGAAACUUUGUAUCACAAAUCAAAAUGACAGCUGCUUGAGAUUUUUGUCUGUAAAACGUGUUAAUGUAGAAGAAAUAAGUUACUUUUUUUAAAAAAAGAGUGAAAAGCAUGGAAAGCAUUAUGUAAACGCAUAUAAAAGUGUUUAGUACACAAUUUGUUUCUAUGUUUUUGAAAUGGUUAUUGUUAAUUGUGUCUAAAUAUUUAACUGGUGCAUGUUACGUGUGAGGAGCGGUGACUAUUUAUGUACUGGUGCUUUUUUUAAGUAAAAUGUAAGAAAAGGGAAUGAAAAAAAAAAGCGUUCAAAAGGAGAAAGAUUUCAAUGUGCUAAAUAAUAAAAGUGUUAAUGAUUUGACCUUUUAAAUAUGGUUAAUAUAUGUGAAACGGUUUUAUUUUUAUAUAUGUGUUAUGGUUCAAAUGUAUAGUUCCAUCUUUUAUAUUUUGAUUCUAAAGAAGCAUCCAUCAAAGGCGUUAUAUACAAUGUAUAUUACACGAUCACAAUUUGUACCAUUGAUAUUAAUACCUUAAUUAUUUAUAAUAAAUUGCGGCAAUGGUAGAAAAUGUACCUUUUAUUCAAAAACUUUAUAAAAAUUUUGAACGCAAUUAUACUUAAAAAUGUUUUAGGCUGUUCUAUUUGCAACUGCAUUAUUAUUAAUAAUAUCGCCGUACAAUAACAUCCAUACAUACCUUCUCAAAAAAAAAAAAAAAACAAUCUUAUACGUAUGAUAAUCAGAUAAAACAAACCUCUUUCGAAAUGUGAUCUUAUAUGGCAAUAUUUUGUGGCACAUAAAAGUAUUUUUUGUUGCUCUCAAAUUUAAUCAUUUUUAUGAUUAAUAGUUUUGAAACAUUAUCUGAAUUCUAGUGAUGCUGAGUGAGUAUUUGUAUAAUAUGAGGCAUAUCUUUUUUUUUAAUGUUUAGUGCAAUUUACUAAGUACAUACGGGAUAAGGUGAGUUUGUUCAUUUGAUUUAUUUAUUCAUUCAUCAACAAGUUACUUUUUCAUUCGUUCAUUAAUUAAUUCAAAGCAACGCUUUUCAUUUCAAUAAUCAUAACCUUAAAUUUAAAAUAGAAACAAACGAAAUGAUUAUUGUAAUUUGUAGGUGGAUGGUGUCAGAAUAACGUAUUAUUAUUGACAACCAAAAAAAUAAGCUGGUCUUCGACCAAUCACAAGUUUCAAAAUUUCAUUUUUUUAAAGAAAUGUUUCACUUUUUUUUUAUAUUUUAAGCCUGGUUGCGCCAUGCCGCUUAACUGCUGCUUCGCUGGGACUGAUUAAAACUCUGAGGUGUUCAUGUAAACACAACAUACGUACGCAUCGUCACUCACACACCAUGGGAGGGGAUUGCAUAUGAAGGCCUAACCGCUUUGAGCCACCCUCCCCUAUUUGUCACUGUAAUAAGUAUUAUAAAAGUUGAUCUAGAAAACACUUCGAAUUCACACGAACUAAAAUAAAAAUUAAAAUGAAAUGAAAUUUCGUAAGACUGUUCCCCCAGUAAAAUGGGAAAAUUGAGACACACUUCUUAGAAUUAGCAAACUUUGUAAGAAUGAUUGUUUACUUGGAAAAAGAUGAAUUAUUGUUUCCGCUUGGUUUUAUUAUGAGCAAUUGGUCAAGGUCAAUUUCAUGUCUUCCUUUCACACAGUAGUGACAUCUACCGGGCUUUUGUUUAUGACUGAGAUUGAAUAAGUUAGAUGAUUUUGGAUUAGUAAAUUGGCUUAAAGUGUCAUCUUGUGAUGUAGCAUUUGAUAAAAAUGGAAUGAUAUCACUGUUGCCUUUGUUUACCACUAGUGCAACAGCUUUUUUCAUAUCUGUUUCAGAAAAUUUUCAAAAUAGCUUAUCUAACUUUCUUUUUUCCACGGGUGUUGAAAGUUGAAAUAUGGAUAAAUAUUAUAACAAUGAGCUAAUUGCAAUGAAACAAUAAAAAAUAAUAAUGAAAUAAGUACGAAAUUAAAAUAUUUAUGUGAUAGUAACAGCUAGAAGAGUCAUAACUCCACGUAAACCUCCUUAUUUUGUUGCUGUGGGGCUUUCAAACUAAAUUUAUAAUCACUUGCUUCAGCAGGUUGGUUGUAAUUAAAUUUAAUUCAAUGUAUAGUUCCCCCACUUUUAAUAUAAAAGUACCAUUGGAGCAGUGAGAAACGAAUUAAUGGAGUCUCACUGUUUCUGUCUCACUGCUCCCUCAUUGCAAAACAUAAGCUCAAUAGUUUGCAUACUCAGACAAAGAAAAUUAACAACAUUUUUAUACUGCUAAAAUGAAUAUCAGUUGAUACGCUGAUUUGAGAUUAAUAACACCAGUCUGUAAAGUUGAUCUUACAUUUUAAAAAUAGUGCAACUAACUGGACAUAUUUUGCUUCGAUUUGUUCAAACUAUAAUGACAAACUUUUUUUUUUCUAUAAUAUAGUACUGUUUAAAAAUUUUACGAGGCCGGAAAUAUCCAUACAGAGAAUAAAUUUCUGUUAGUUCAUUGUACCCACUUCUCCCCUACUGGAAUUUUCGAGUUUUUUUCAGUCGGGAAAAAAGUAAUCCAUCGUAAUUAUUAUUUCAUUUUGCCUAACAUUCUUCUGCAUAAUUUUUCCUUUUCUGUCUGUGUUAGAUUUGCUAGUAAAGUAAUGUCGAUUUUUUUUACUUUACAGUUUUAAAAGAAUUGUUAUAUUUUGAAUACAAUACCAUUUUUCUUAGACUUAGUCAUUUUUUUCCUACUUAUUUCGUAUUCAUUGCAUUUUUAUAUUUUUCUUGAAGUUUAUGUAACAUGAUUAUGCAUAAAAAAUGUGUUUUCUGGUAAUUGCUUUUAAUAUGUACUCUUAAGCAUGUUUUCUUUUAACAAUAAAAU